AUGACGUCAGUGAUCGAACCGACGGUCGACGUCAUCCGCGGCGACGUCGCCGAGUCGCCGACGUUGCUCGCCCUGUUCGCCCUGCACGUGGCCAUCUGCCUCGUCGCCCUUUUUUUCAACUUUCUGCUCCUCUUCCUUCUUUACAAAUAUACAGGUCUUUGAUUUCACCCCUUUCUUAAAGUAAUUUGAAAGAAAAUUGAAUAUAUUUCUAUCGCUCUGAAAACGGUAAUGCUCUGACGACUGGAAUUAUGAGCAUUAAUAGAAAACAAGAUUUUCCUUUAACACCAUCUGAAACAAUCUGAGGUGUCGGGGCUAUCUCUUCAAGAAUUAACACCGAUGAGAGAUAAAGAGAGCGCAGACAGGCUAGACGGUUCGAAAUCAAAAAUAAUUCAAAGACUAAAAUGUUUUUGUACUUCCAUUUCGGCAUUGUGAAUGUUUUUAUUUACCAGAGUCUAAAAAACCUAAAGUUUUAAUUAUGGGCUCCCGGAUAAGAUCCAAAGUACAACAGAGCUUAUUUUAUAUUCAGAUGUUUAAAAAAAGCUAACUUUUAGUGUUCCACUAUCACAUGACGGUGAUCUGUAUAAACCUGACGACGGCCGUGAUAAUCUGCCUGGGAUAUCUGCUUCUAAGAAGCCUUCUCGGCUUGUACCAGAUCAACCACCGGACGCCAACCUCAGUACGUCGAGCUCCUUCUGAAGACCCUGGUCAUUCUCGUUUCCAGGAGACGGACCAGAAGGACGCCUUUUGCGUCUUCGACGAGCUCGUCCCUCAGGCUCUCUGCGUCCUGUUCUUCGUCUUCCCACUGCUUCUGGUCACGGAAAGGACCUAUGCGACACGCCGCUUCUGGGUCUACGAGUACGAGAACUUCCGGCCCGUCGUCAUGUUGGUCUGCCUCGCUGUGGUACGUUGUUUUAGAAAAAAAAAUCACGCCGAUACUGUCGUGAAUUGUUUUUUUUUUUGAGGUGCUUCUUCGGUUUAGGAGUGUAAAGUGCAGUCGAUUAUAUGCUUUCCUCGAUUUUUUUUUUUCGAAAAACAGAUCAGCGAACUAGUGAAGAAGUUCAAAAAUUUAACAGAAUUUUUUCGGCCUAAAGGUCUCUAGUCGAAAAACUAGACCUCCCUGAAACCAUUUUUUAUUCCAGUGGCUCCCAACUCUGGGCCAAAACGCGCGGACGUUGGUUGGCUGGACGACGCCGACUUCUCUGGCGGCCUGCCAAGUCCUGCUGCUCCGGAAGACGUUCCUUCAGCGCAACUUCUGGUUCAUCGUCGUUUCGGCUUUCUCUCUGCUUUACAUGAUUCUUUUCAAGAUCUUGGAAAAGGUUCGAAUUUUUUUUCGCGCGUAUGAUAUCAUUUUUUUCGACUUGAAACAAUAGAUUACGGCCUUCAAACUGUGCGUGCAAAGCGGUCGCGACGCGGUUUCGGCGUCAUUUCAAAAUAUAUCGCAUUUAUUUCAGGGACGUGUCCUAAUUUCUUCAAAAAAAUCGAGUCAGACAGUUGUGAAUUUCAAAAGGAAUUUUUUUUAACUUUAAAAGCUUCUCCCAUUGUAGCCGAGCCAUUCUCCGUGCGACCAAAAUAAAAUUUCAUUUUUUAUAGUAGAAAAAAUCGACAAACUCAUGCUUCAACUUUACAUUUGAUAAAGCUCCAAUUUUCAGCAAAACAAAAGAAACGAAGAGGACUACGUGGCGAAUCACUACUCGACCAUCUCGAUCCGCUUCCAAAUCCGCGAAAACGUCAAAACUUGCCGUUUCUUCGUCUCUCUCAACUUCUUAUUCCUUCUCACCUUCUUAUUAUUUUUCGUGUUUGAUCAAGGUAUGUUUUUCUCAUUUCUUUUGCAAGGGUAUGCAAAUAAAAAAAAUGGUCAUUUUUUGCAGACAUGGACGAUGACAAAUACUCGCCUAGCGUCCUCACGAGAAAGGUUCGGCGUUUUUUGUACUUUUCGGAAGAAUAUCAGUGUAUCCAAAGUUCAUUUUCGAUAAAGUUCACAAUUGAUAGUUUUUUUUUCCGGUUUACAACUUUACGAGGAAUUUUUCGAUUUUUUUUUUCUUAUGAUUAUUCAAAACGCCGGCAGGAAUGGGUCAAAAUGUAUAUUUUCGAACAAAAAGGCUUUCAAGAACAGUAAUGUGCGGAAAACAGUUUUAUUUCUUGAAAAAAACGCACUUCUUCCUUGUCACUCAGAUUCAUCUCUUUUUUAAAUGGCUACAGAGUUUUCGAGCCCAAAACCAUGCAGAAAGAGAAACUUUAUUCAAUAAAUGCCAAAAAAUUAUACACAAAAACUUUCUGAAUAUAUCAAGUUUGCUGCGACUUGAAGCUGUCUGACCUGUCUGUGCUCUCUUUAUAUUUCUCCUCGGACGAAAACCGGACGGGUUCGAGCAAUACUAGGGAUCACUUAAGAAUGCUGACGCUACUAAAGUGAUCACUAGAACUGUCCCGAAAUUUCCUAAUCGCUUUACCAAAGUCCGAGUCUCUUCUCUGCAAUAUAAGGAAGAGAGCGCAGAAACGCCAGAAAGACAAGAAUGAGGUUUCAAUCAAUCAAUAUUUAUUUUCAAAAAUCAAAAGUUUAGAUCAAAAAAUAUGCUUCAGGAGUCGACUUUCUUGGUUUUCCCAAUGUUCGGCCUUCUCUACGCGCUGCACUUCAUUUUCUCCCACACUCAGCUCUUCGAAAAGGCCAAACGGACUCUGAGACAACUCGCCGCCAGUCACGGCGAACAAGGUGACCUCGACUGGAUCUUAAUUCUGAAUCUGGCGUUCUUUUUCAGAAAAGAUGUUCGAGCCGUGA